AAUAUGGGUCAGAUAAUCAACCAGGUGAAGAAAGCUCUAGGAUCAGUCAUGUAUUUGGCAAAGAAAAGAGAAUCCAGUGGAGUAUAUAUUUGUGGUCACAGUGCAGGUGCCCACUUGGCUGCAAUGAUGCUCAGUGUCGACUGGAUGGGGGAGUUUAUGGAGAGCCCUGGAUUCCUUAAAGGUGUGUUUCUUGUGUCUGGAAUUUUUGAUCUUCGCCCUCUUGUUGCCACAUAUGUUAACGAACCUCUUAAAAUGACAGAUGAAGAAGCAUGGACUCACAGUCCAAUGAAUCACCUGACAGACAUCACGUGCAGGAAGUGUAAGGUGGUGGUAUUGGUGGCAGAACACGACUCCCCUGAGUUCAGAAAGCAAGCCAAAGAGUAUCAUACAGCAUUACAAGAGGCUGGUAUGGCCACUCAGUUUGUAGAUGUCCCUGGCGUGGACCACUUUGAUGUUGUGGAGAAGUUGUCUGAACCUCAAUACCAACUCACACAGCUCUUUCUUGAGAUGAUGGGAAUUCAGUAGUUUUUGUGUAACGUGAACAGCUUGAGUGGUAGAGGUGCUGACCAGUGGAAGUUUUAGCCAAGCAGUACAACUUGUAUUAAAAUAAGGGUCUGUGUGAAGUAGUUGGAAUACUAACUGUGUGUGUAGUAUUUGACAUAAUUUCCUCUCUGUUAGUAAUAGAGACUAAUAAGCAUUAAAGUAAAAU